AGCGGAUGGAACAUCUUCGAAAUCCGAUGUCUGGUUGGGUUUCACUGGUACAGCGGCUCAAUGAACUUGACUGUCUGCAACACCACUGGCCAUCUUCAGCAGCCGCCGUGGUCCGGGACAUGGUCGCGCAUUCACUUUUGCUGUCAAACCCUGAAAAUCAACACAGAUCAUUACACGUAUAGACGUUGGGUCAAGUGAUAGGUGAAACUCACAUCUGCGGGCCCGUGGUGGCCGUCAUUGCCGCAUUCGGUUCCUUGGAACAGGACCCCUGUGCCACCUGUCGUCAUAGACGUCCGGCCAACAUUUUGGCGUCUUUCUCUGGCCUUCGCUGGAAUCCGCAACCUCGAAUCGGCCUUCAAAAUCUUAACCCUUUCGCGUCUUCGAGCCGCUGUAGGGUCCACGAUGUCUUGGGAGUUAACCCGCCGCCGAUGGCUUAGAGCGAUCAAUAGCAGGUUCAUCUAUGGCCGAGUUCCACUCUUGCACGCAAUCAUCUUCUUUGUCGAGAUGACACUCCUCGCGCGGCUUAUGAGCCGCUUCAAUGCGUACUAUGAUGAACGACCUCUGCUUACGAUGAUGGUCACCAACGCCAUCCUCGGCGGCGUUGCGGAUACGGUUGCGCAGACCAUCACCUCGGUCCGACAGCGUGCCCUAAGGAAAAAAUCCAGCGGCCCGCUCAGCCCGAGGGAAGACCCUCUCGCCAUCGAGAUCCACGAGCUCGACCGCAAGAACCCCUUCAAUAGCCACGAGCUGAUCCCGGAGUCCAAGGGGCUACCCCCCCCUUUCGACUUCGAGCGCCUGACCCGCUUCAUGGCCUACGGCUUCUGCAUGGCGCCGGUCCAGUUCCGCUGGUUCAAAUUCCUUGAACGAUGCUUCCCCAUCACCAAGUCGUCCGCCUUCCUGCCGGCUAUGAAGCGCGUGGCCUUCGACCAGUUGAUCUUUGCGCCAUUUGGUGUGGCGUGCUUCUUCACGGCCAUGACAAUCGCCGAGGGUGGUGGUCGUCGCGCCGUGUACCACAAGAUGAGGGACAUGUAUGUGCCGACGCUCAAGGCAAACUACAUGCUUUGGCCGGCGGUGCAGGUCAUCAACUUCCGUUUGAUGCCGGUGCAGUUCCAGCUGCCGUUCGUGUCGACAGUCGGAAUCGCCUGGACAGCCUAUCUGUCGCUUACCAAUGCGGCCGGGGAUGUGGAGGAGGAGCGCAUCGCCAGGAGGUCCGAUAUCCGGUUACCGUAAGAACAUCGAUGGGUCGGAAGCUGCACCCCGGAUAGCAGAAAUUACAGACGGAUUUAUUGCGCACAAUCAGACCGUCGAGUCCGGAAGGGCAACACAAGGCAGUGGCGGACAUCAGUGAAUAUUAGGCUUUCUUUAUUUCCUCGGCUCUAGGACUCGGCAUUUCGGCACCGGGACCCGGCGGCGGUCGGAAUGUGGCUGUCGUCAUGGCGAAUGGAGUUAUGGGGGGCUUCUUCCUUACCUCCCAGGCAGGCUUCCCGUAUCGGUACACGAAUCAUAUUGGAUUACAGGAGGCUUUCCCGGCAAUGUCCAGUUAUAUAGACAAUGACACC